GACGAAAAAGGCAAGACAAAUUCGCCGGUGAAUGGUGGCGCCGUGUUUUUCCUGGCACAAAUCCUAAUUUCAUUCAUCAUCAUCAUCAUCAUCAUCAUCAUCAUCAUCAUCGUUCAGAGCGAUAAUUGGAUCUAUUUUCAGCUUGAAUUCGUAUCUCGCGAUUCAAAUUACAGAUCGAAAGAGAUAAAUGGCGGAUCCAUGGGUGAGGGAAUAUAAUGAAGCGACUAAACUUUCCGAUGAUAUCAGCAGCAUGAUAUCUGCAAUGAGUUCAUAUAGCUCAGGGCCUGAAGCACAGCGUCAUGCUUCUGCUACAAGGAGGAAAAUUACAAUAUUAGGAACCAGACUUGACAGCUUACAGUCUCUUCUGACAAAGCUUCCUGCUAGACAGCCAUUAACGGAGAAAGAGAUGAAUCGACGUAAAGAUAUGCUUGCAAAUUUGAGAACAAAGGUCACACAGAUGGGCUCUGCGUUGAACAUGUCAAACUUCGCUAAUAGGGACAGUCUACUUGGGCCAGAUACUAAAGCAGCUGAUGCGAUGAGCAGGACAACUGGUUUAGACAACUCUGGCAUUGUUGGGCUUCAAAGACAGAUUAUGCGAGAGCAAGAUGAAGGCCUAGAAAAACUGGAGGAGACGGUGAUAAGUACAAAGCAUAUUGCGUUGGCAGUAAACGAGGAACUUGAUUUGCACACUAGGCUCAUCGAUGACCUUGACCAUCAUGUGGACGUCACAGAUUCCCGACUUAAGAGAGUGCAGAAGCACCUGGCUAUUCUGAAUAAACGCACCAAGGGUGGUUGCUCCUGCUUAGGCUUGUUGUUAUCCGUUGUCGGGAUUGUUAUGCUACUUGUGGCGAUAUGGAUGAUUAUAAAGUACUUGUGAUAACAACCACGGGUAACUGAUUUAUACAUAUAUAUAUAUAUCUACGUUCCAUGUCGAGAAAAGCUUCUUGGUUUCGUGAUCCAAGUGUCAUGUUUCAUUUUCUAUAUUUUGACCUUUGUUUGUAUGAUAACUUCAGCUUCAAUUUAACAGCUUCAACCA